AUGUCAACUACAGAGACUAAAGAAAAAACCGAGUCUGGUGGUAAACCAGAAGUUGGUGUCACUGGACGUAAGAUUGUUUAUGACAAAGAUGGGAAACCAUGCCGUACAUGUAACUCCUUAUUGGAUUUCCAAUUCGCAAGUGGUAAAAUUAAGAAAUCACCAGUACUUCAUGAAUCGAAGAAAGAGAACAAACCAGAACUCGAGUCGUAUCCUCAAGAUGAGCCUCCGGAUGUCACUGAGUUGGGUAAAUCAUCAUGGACAUUAUUGCAUUCAAUAGCAGCCACAUAUCCAGAGACCCCUACCACGAAACAACAACAAGAUAUGAAACUGUUUAUCAACUUAUUUUCCGGGUUUUAUCCCUGCUGGUUCUGUGCUGAAGAUUUCCAAAAAUAUAUCACCAAGAAUGAACCGAAAACAGGAAAUCAAGAGGAAUUAGGGAGAUGGCUUUGUGAGGCACAUAAUGAAGUUAACAAAAAACUAAAUAAACCCCAAUUCAAUUGUGAUCUAUGGAAAAAAAGAUGGAAGGAUGGGUGGGAUAAUGAAGAGUAA